ACAGCACCUCAACUCCAAAAUCCAUAUAUAGGCAUUCGGCAAAUUAUAUGGCUCGUAUACCACCAACAUUGAAAGCAAAAGAAAGAAGGAAGGUAGUACAGUAACCCACACGCACACAAAGCAAGCAAGGGCAUGGAAGAGCCUAAUAAAGGGAAGGGACAUGAGGAGAAAGGGAGAGGAGAGGUUCGAUACCGGGGUGUUCGAAGGAGACCUUGGGGAAAAUUUGCAGCGGAGAUACGAGACCCAUCAAGGCAAGGGGGAAGGUUAUGGCUAGGGACAUUUGAUACGGCAGAAGAGGCAGCUCGUGCUUAUGAUAAAGCUGCAUUUAACUUGAGACGUCAUCUUGCAAUCCUCAACUUUCCUAGUGAUUAUAUCUCUCAAGUGACGGAGUUUUCUGCACGUCCUCGAUCAUUUUCAGCAUCUAGCAGUAAUGUUGGUACAACUCAGAGUUUUGAGAGGGGAUGCUCAUCAAGUACCGGACAAGGAAAGCAAGUUUUCGAGUUUGAGUACUUGGAUGAUAAGAUUUUGGAGGAGCUUCUUGAAUCAGAAGAGGAGAAGAAGAAGCGGCGGCAAGAUUGAGUUUUAGUUCUUUCUAUGCUGUGAACUUUCUUUUUUGUUCUUGCUUUAAGCUUUUUCAGAAUUUUUUCAAGGAGAACCUAGCUCUUUGAUUUUCAUGUUACAAGUUCUCACUCACGCAAGACGGAUACGAUUGCUAGGGAUGUCUGAGUUAUCCAACUGUUAGGGACAAAUGACAUACCUGAAUUAGUUAGUGAGAUUUUUGAACUUCACUUGUAAUCCUACGUUCGUUGCCCUUCGAUUCACAAAUAUGUUAAACUGCUCACUCAUAGCUCCUGGCUCUUCUUCAGCUAAGGAAGACAUCGCCCAUGCAUGGACAGUUUAGUCACAA